AUGCCGAAAAAACUCCGCAAGAACGAGAUCGACGUGACUUCUUCCGCCAGCUCAGCCAUCCUGACGCCACUCUUCACUCCAACUAUUGAGGCCGCCAACGACAGCGCCGGUCGGAGCAACACGAGCGCGAUCGGUGAGAGCAACGCAGGCGGUAUUCCGUUCCCGAGCUACAGGAGCAAGCUUACGAAGCCAACGAAGGGGCUCAUGAGCAAAGCCUUGUGCACUGUUGAAGACAAGAUCGAGGCUACCAUGGAUGAGGUCGGGGCGAUAAAGUUGGACAUGUUGGGCCUGACGGCUCAACUUUACCAAGUUCAAACGAUGCAGGCCAUCGCCGACAUAUGGCUUGAGGAGAAGCUGAGGGAGCUGAAGGCUGGUCCUAUGGGCAAGAAGGUAUCUUCGAAGAAGGUAUCUUCCAAGGAAGGAACUGUCCUCAAGACCACGGCCAGCGCCGCGAAGAAGGAGGACGGGGUCAAAUUCUUCGAUCGGUCCGGGGUGCCUUUGAAAUUGGCUGGUGUGGUAGCAUUCGCAGCAUGGGUGGGAUCUACCGAAGGCAUGGAGGUCUACGGCGUGGUAUUGACGGUGGGCUUGGCAGCGGUCGUCUUGAGCAUUUUGGUGUCGGAGGAGAUGGCGGUUCAUGAGAAGAAGCAGUAA